AUGACUAUACGAAGUUGUGUUUCCAGAAACAAAUUAAAAAGUAAUAUGAAUCUCUACGUCGACAUGGGAGCGUGCUCAGUUCGCCCUAUAAAAGACAGUUCAAAACAGUUUCUGACAAAAAUGAAGCUGCAACUUCUUCUUCUCCUCGCCUUCUUCAUGGUCACCGCCUCGGCUUUCAGACCUAUUCCUACCCAUAAAAAACCGAAACCGAAACCAGCUCCGCCGCCUCCCCGUCCUCGUCCUCCUCCGCCUCCUCCACCUGCUAGAACAACUACUUACACACCAUACCAACCGCCCUGGGGAUAG